GGUUCGCCCAUGCCCUACGUCAAGUGGAUGCAGGGAGCGGAGGACCUCACGCCCGAGGAUGACAUGCCCGUGGGCCGCAAUGUCUUGGAGCUCACGGAUGUCAAGGACUCCGCCAACUACACGUGUGUGGCCAUGUCCAGUCUGGGAGUCAUAGAAGCCGUUGCUCAGAUCACGGUGAAAUCCCUCCCCAAGGCUCCUGGGACGCCGGUGGUGACGGAGACGACAGCAACAAGUAUCACCAUCACCUGGGACUCUGGAAAUCCAGACCCCGUGUCCUACUAUGUCAUUGAAUACAAGUCUAAAAGCCAGGAUGGACCGUAUCAGAUCAAAGAGGACAUCACCACUACGCGCUACAGUAUCGGGGGGCUCAGCCCCAACUCUGAGUACGAGAUCUGGGUCUCUGCGGUCAACAGCAUCGGGCAGGGGCCUCCCAGCGAGUCAGUAGUCACUCGCACUGGGGAACAAGCUCCUGCCAGCGCCCCCCGUAACGUGCAGGGACGGAUGCUGAGCAGCACCACCAUGAUCAUCCAGUGGGAAGAACCGGUGGAGCCCAACGGGCAGAUCCGUGGCUACCGCGUGUAUUACACCAUGGAGCCCGACCAGCCCGUCAGCAACUGGCAGAAGCACAACGUGGACGACAGCCUCCUGACCACGGUGGGCAGCCUUCUCGAGGACGAAACCUACACCGUGCGGGUCCUGGCCUUCACCUCCGUGGGCGACGGGCCUCUUUCCGACCCCAUCCAGGUUAAGACGCAGCAAGGAGUUCCUGGGCAGCCGAUGAACUUCCGAGCAGAAGCCAAGACGGAGACGAGCAUCGUGUUGUCGUGGAGCCCUCCCCGCCAGGAGAUCAUAGUGAAGUAUGAGCUCCUCUAUAAGGAAGGAGAGCACGGCAGGGAGGUGCAGAAGAACUUCGAGCCGACAACCUCCUUCACUCUGGACGGCCUGAAGCCCAACACUGAGUAUGUCUUCCGCCUGGCCGCCCGCUCGGCUCUGGGCCUGGGCGCCUUCACCACGGAGGUCAGGGAGCGCACCUUGCAGUCUA